AUGGGUUACCGUGGACGCAGAAAGAGUCUCAAGCGUGUGACAGCACCUAAAUCAUGGAUGCUGGACAAGACAGGGGGUGUUUUUGCACCAAAAUGCUCCCCAGGUCCCCACAAGUCCCGCGAGAGUUUCCCCUUGACUCUGUUCCUGCGUAAUCGCCUCAAGUAUGCUCUUUCCUACCAAGAGGUCAAGAAGAUUGUCAAGCAGAGGUUAAUCAAGGUUGAUGGCAAGAUUCGAACUGAUCACACUUAUCCUACUGGAUUCAUGGAUGUGGUGACCAUUGACAGGACCAAUGAGAACUUCCGUAUUUUGUACGAUGUGAAAGGCAGAUUUGUUGUUCACAGAAUCAAGCCCGAGGAAGCUAAGUACAAACUGUGCCGUGUGCGCAGGAAUGGCACUGGCCAGAAGAAUGUGCCCUACCUGACCACCCAUGAUGGCAGAACCAUCCGCUACCCUGACCCCUUGGUCAAGGUCAAUGACACCAUCAUGGUUGACAUCGCUACUGGCAAAAUGAAAGAGUUCAUCAAGUUUGACACAGGCAACUUGGUGAUGAUCACUGGUGGACAUAACUUGGGCCGCGUGGGGACAAUCAUCAACAGGGAAAGGCAUCCUGGAUCCUUUGACAUUGUCCACGUCAAGGACGCCCUCGGACACACCUUUGCUACAAGGUAUUUUUUGAAAUAA